UCUUGAAGAUCAUGAGUCGAGCCUGAGAGAUACGUCGACAUCUCCCUCUUUUCUUUCUUACUACUCUUUCUCCUGCUUAGCCAUUGGCAUAGUUCCCUCUGGUUACACAUUGGAAGCUGGUUCUUCCUUUGAUAAUACAUUCGACGAGUCUGCUGCACAUAUUCUAUUUUCGACAAUCUUCCUCCAAGACCAUGUCUCACGAACUUUCUUACUACCGGCCUUCCACCCCUCCUGCGAUGCAGCUGCAAGGGUUUAUCGAGGCGAGCCAUAGCCGCCACGCAUCCGACUCUUCUCUAUACUCUAAUAGUUCUUCGCCAUGGUCAGCUGUCACAGUGGCAACCAGUCCAAUCAUCAGCUCACCUCCGCGGCAUCAUCAUGGCCCUGCACUUCUGCCGAAGAUCCGGCCACAAGAUGUAGUGAUUGAGCCGACAUCUACCACUGGUCUCCAGCGCCAGCGUCGUGUUCUCUCCAACACACGCAACCCUCCAGGACCUCUACCGAACCUUUCCAACUCUCGGCCUAGCCAGCGGGCGACGGCUUCAGAAUAUCUCUCUUUAGCAUCUCCAGCUUCCGGUCCGCCUGCAUACAGGACACAUAACGGACCAUACUUAUCAUCGCCCGUGAGUCUGACGCCUUCGUACAAGCGCAAAGCCGCUGGCGGCCACUCCCGGUCUGUAUCUACAUCUAUCAUCGACGAGUCAAAAGCGAACCGAUAUGGACAUGCAACUUAUCGGCAAGUUUCCCGGUGCUCUACUCAGCCGCAGGGUGCGCUCACCGCGCCCAUCACGCCAGUCACACCAAACAUUAUCGUGUAUCCAGCUUAUGCCGAUCAUUCGCCCGCUGAACCAUCUUUUCCUCGAGCUUGGCCGCCCACCCAGAUGCCGGUGCCUUUAUUACUGCCAGGCUCACCCUACAGCUGCACGCGAACAUCGAGCGCUCAAUGCUCGCCUGUGGGAUCUUUCCACCCGACAGACGGAGAAUCGACCACGUUACUGUCCUACCUUACCGCGCCCACCCAGGCAGUGAAUCUCGUCCGCAAUGUGAGCGUGAUACCGACGCGAGGGUUACAUGACUACUUCUGGUGGGAUAUCCGCAACCUGCGCAGUUGGUCGUCGUUUUCCCUGGAAACGUUCAACUCGAUUGAUGGGCUAUCGAAGCUUCUCAAGACCGCAAUUCCCUCGCAGCUCACGCCAGUAAACAUCCUGCCUAGCUCGCACUUGUCUCCCGACUCGGAAGGUGCUCUGGUCAACGUGCUACGAGACAUCUACGCCCCCCGAGUGAACGCGGCGUUGGCCGUGUCGCAGGGUCCCGAUCACCUGACCCUCUACGAUGCUCCCAUUCCGCGAGUCUCGGGCAACAAGAACUACGGAGGGCCGCAUUUCCUGGCCAACUACGCCUCCGACACGGAGCGGACCAGCUCCGGUCUCCCGCGCGGGCGACUCGUGGGGAUCGUCAAGACGUUCGACCGGUGGAACACAGGGAUGCGCAACGAAGCGCCGCACCGCCGCGUGGAGUACCUGAACGGCCUGGCGCAUCUGCAGCGGUGCAUGCGCGAGCACUCAUGCCGGUACGGCUUCAUCCUGACGGAAAUCGAACUCGUGUGCGUCCGCGCGGGCUGCGACGAGGGCGACGACGUGCCCUACUUUGGGUACUUGGAGCUGUCUGCCCCGAUCCCAACCAAGCUGGCCGCCGGCCUGCCGUGCGAGACGGGAUACUACUCGGAUCGGUGCACCUACCCCCACUCGCCCACGCCCUCCAGCGACAGCUCCUUGGCGAGCCAGUCCCCGGUUCUGGACAACUAUUGCAUGUCGUCCGAGGGUCUGGAGGGGCCGAUGACGGCGAGUCUGGCGCUAUACUUCCUGCUCAUGCUCUCCAAAUCGGUGCCCCUGCCGUCGCAGCCAUCGGCGCAUCUCAACGUGGGCGGGCCGGGGACACUGACUCGACAGCGGGUUCUACCAGAGGCCAAGGACAAAUGGAUCCCUGAGCCCCAGAUCGGUGAGCGGCGCGAUGCCAAGCGCGUCCGGGGAUGGGUGUGGCCGCAGGAUGCGUGGCACCGGCGCGAGGGGGGCGGAGUGCCUCGGUCGCGGGCGAUGACGGUGGAACCGAAGACAAAGAAGUGGCAUAAAUGAGUUGGGCGGUAGGGGGUGUCGAUGAGGACUGAAGUACGAAUAAUGUUUUGAGUAAUAUAAUGUUCGUUCGCAUUUUGUAUAUGGGGAGCAUUCUGGCCGACUGCGCUACUGUACCAACCACCAAGCAUGACCAACCCAUCAGCACAAUGACAACAUCUACAAUAAUGGUUGCAUGAACAACGAGCAUCUAAUCCAGAACAUAAAUGUUAGCCCACGCCUCCAAGGUCCCCAGGAUCGCCAAUGACACGGCCACCGCAACCGCGCCGCCACGAGGUGAUAC